AUGCCGCCAACGUCUGUACCACUGUCCACGGAAUUGAUACCAGGUCUAGACUGGAUGCCGUUAUGUUUUGAGCAUCCCCUUCCCCUCGAUAAGCUGUGCCAUGUUUGCGGAGUGUUGUGCAAGGAAACGGUCGUGCUGCCUUGUUCCCACACACUUUGCGACGUCUGCUUCGAGGGCAGCCUUGACCUGGGCUGCGUAUGUCCACUGGACCGAGAGAACUUCGACAAGGAUGCGGUGGACAAGCUGAAGUUGAGACCGGGACAGUUGCUGAAACUGAGCGUGUUUUGCUGGAAUUCUGCACACGGCUGCAACUUCAUCGGGCCCGUCUCCGAACUCUUGGAUCACUAUGAAAAAGAAUGCCUUCACCAUAGGGCUUCUUGUCCUAGGUGUCAUCAGGACGUGCCGCGGCUGGGCCUUGUGCAGCACUGCGUGCUAUGCUACGACCCCAAACAAGGAGGGGAAGCUCCGUUGCAAAGUGCGACACUGCAGGGAGCACAGUUACGUGAAGACUUGGAGAAGGCCAGUGCGGAAAUUAAGCAGUCUAUUGCUGAACUCAAGGACGGCUACUAUGUGCUGCAGGCCAGUGUAAACACCGUCGCGGAUGAAGUCAAUCUUGGACACGCUGCAGCAAAUCGAGCAGUUACUGAAGCCGUGUCCGGCCUCCUGCAACAGCUUCAGGAGACGCAGCCAGAUAUGACCAAACUGGGAAGAGAGUUAUGUGGAACUUUCGAGAACGCCACAGCCGAUAUGAAGCAGUCCAUCUCUGAGCUCAAAGAUGGCUACUCUAGGUUGCACGCUAGCGUCAACGCAGUCUUGGAUGAGCUCAAGCUUGAGCAUUCAGUAGGAGAUCAAGCAAUGGUUGAAACCAUGUCAAACCUCCUAUCGCAGUUUCAGAAGAUGCAGCCAGAUGCCACCCAUCGGCAAGGACAGCUACUUGAAGACUUGAGGAGGUCUUGUGCUGAGAUCAAGCAGGCCAUUGCUGAUCUCAAAAACGAAUUCUCUAGGCCGCAGACCAGUAUCGGCGCAUUCAAGUAUGACGUGAAACUCGAGCACUCGUAA